AUGCAUGGAGAUACUACGCAGGAGGUCUUCAAUAUCAGUUAUGAUUAUGACUUCAACCACAUAUAUGAGGAAUAUUAUCCUUUGGUGACAUUUGAGGAGGAGAAUCUUUCACUUAGGAUAAUGAGUGCCAUUUGCUGCAGUCUCAUCAUCUGCAUCAGUCUACCCAGAAACAGCUUUUUGCUUUGGGUGGUCUUGAAGAAAGUGGGUUUGAGCAGCUCUGCUGAUUGUUUACUCCUCCAUCUGACAGUGUCCGACCUCAUCUUCUCCUUCACAUUGAUUCCCUGGACAAUCAGUCAUAUUUGGGGAUGGAUAUUUGGAUAUCUGGCCUGUAAGCUGUUCACCUGGAGUAUGUUUUUGGGCCUGUUCAGCUACAUGAUGUUCCUCACAGUCAUGACAGUCCAUCGAUACGUGGCGGUGGUGUAUCCGGUGUUCGCUUCAUCUGUAGGGAAUCGCAGAAUUUACAUGCACAUCUCAUCUGCUGUGGCUUGGUUGAUCUCUGUGGUCUUCAGUCUGCCUGAAAUGAUCUUCUCUGGGACUGUGGAUGGACCUGAUGGUGUAUAUUGUGUUCCCACCAAUAACUCAGUGUUUGUGGAGGUCUAUGGAUAUUUCACUCAGAUAAUUCUGUUUUUCCUGCUGCCAUUCCUGGUUAUUGUGUUCUGCUACACAUGGAUGGGUUUUUCCAUCCUUCAGAGUCGCAUCCGAAGCAGAAACAAUGCCGUUUGCACCAUCCUAAGCAUCGCAGUGGGAUUCUUCAUCUGCUUGGCACCGUAUAACAUCUUCCUCUUCCUCUUGUCCUUGAGGUCUUUAGGUGUUUUUGUGUUUAGGGAGAGUGUUUGGGAGAACAUCUACUGCUCCACUCACAUUCUAGCAUAUUCCCACUGCUGUCUGAAUCCACUUGUCCACAUCUUCGGAAGAAAGAAGUUCAGGAAGUACCUGCCAUGGAGCAGAGGUUUCUGUCGGCUCUCGCAAAGGGUUCAGCGUGUAAAUGUUUAG